UCGUAAACGUUUACAAAUAAAACUACAAAUAUUACCGAUAAUUUACCGCGGUUGUGACACAAUGAGUGUCAAACAAGUGAAGAAACUUUAUAGAGAUGGUUUGGAUAAGCAGACUAGUGAAAGAUAUGCUCAAAAGUGUAAUUUGAUAGGCGGAAAAGAUCCGUACGACCUCGUGAAAGGGGACUUGACAAGUGACGUGAAAUGCCUUCCAGCGGUAUCUUACAUAGAUAUUAUCAAUUACUUAGUCAACACAAAAAGUGCCUAUACGAUGGAUGAAUUGAAAGCUUACAAAUCCCUAGAAGCAUACAAUCAGUUUGUCUGUGGCUGGGUUCGAGAUGUCAUGAGCAUGAAUGUUGGAAACAAAGUUCUGGUUACAGCACGGGUAAGGCAUUCCCAGAGGAUGAACGAGACUGCUCUUAGACCUUGGGUGAUUGUUGACACAACAGGAGUCGUUGAUACAGCGCAUUGUGAUUGUAUGGCAGGUCUGGGAGAGGCAUGUAGCCACGUAGGGUCGCUGUUGUUCUAUCUAGAGGCAGCUGCUAGAAUCAACGCUUCAAAAACAGUCACUCAAGAGAAAGCACACUGGCUAUUACCAAGAAGUAUCGAUAAAGUACCGUAUUCCAUGAUAUCAGACAUUGACUUUACAUCAGCAGAGACAAAAAAAAAAGGAAAUUGGACAGUGCCAUCGAAGGUGAAGAUGAGGGUGAUUCACGGGCAGCUACAAAGCUACCAAAAGUGCCAGAACCAUCUGAAUCUGAACAGGAGAAUUUAUUACAGUGUUUGUUUCGCAACAAGUCAAAAGCGGCAAUUUUGACAGUGUCGUCAAAAUAUCAAGAACAAUUCGUGCCAGAUAUUCUCACUGAUGGGAAGUUACCAGAGCCUCUGAUUAAGCUAAGAGAUGACAAAUACCUCAGUAUGCCGGCUGACGAGCUCAGGAAAACGUGUGAGGAUUUAUUUGC